AUGUCAGUCUCUGCAUCGCCUUCCGAAACUGCCGCGCUAUCGCACCCGGCAGACCGAGACCAAGAAGAAGAAAAUAGCGAAGAUACCCCUCCACAACGUCAAUGUUUUCACUGUCGACCCCAACGGUACAUCACCCCCGUCUUUGCUAGCCACCACGACGCAUACACAACAACUGUCCAUGGGCGCCAAGUGAAUAUUCGGAUGUGUAAGUUUCUUUACAAGAAACGGCGUUCCCUGUUCUUGCCUGCCAAAACGCUCAACGGCAUCUAUCAGAUGCCACAGCUGCAGCUGGGACCUGCCAUCAGGCGUGACUGUGAAGAAGGCGUUGAGGGCUCGAAACAGCAAGGCGUAGAACAGAGUCGUAGCCAAUGCUCUACAGUAAACCUUGAAAGGUUGACGACGCAAUCGCAGGUGCGCCACGUGCUGGUGUAG